UAUUUCCGGUGGAACUCCACUCUACAAGCAUCUGCACUCUGCAGCUGGACCCUUCUCGUGUCCUCAGAAAUGUCCGACGGGUCAGUCGAAAGGAUAACUGAGGUCGCAGCGCCCGUGGCGGCUUGUGGCUUCGGGACUUGCGGUGCCUGCGGAGCGGCCCACAGUCCCCACACGUGUCCCCAGCUCCUGCCGUGUCUGCACUCCUUGUGCAAAGUGUGUUUGCAGCCGGGCGCCCAGGAAGAUGCUCGAGUGUGUCCAGUGUGUAACGGCAAGUACACGCUCAUGGAGGUCAAGAAUGAUCCAUUCUUCAGGGGGCACACCUACAAUUCCGGAGACCAAGUGGAAAGCAAGUGUGGGGGCUGUGAGGACACAGCAGUUUCUGGUUGGUGUGUGGAGUGCGGCGAGGCCCUGUGUGCAGCCUGUGUACUCGCCCACAGGAGAGUGAGGGUGACCCGAGACCAUGAGGUGCUGCCACAGCAACUGUCGAAAGGCUGUGUUCCUAUAACCUUCUGCCUCAUACAUAAACAAGAACCAAUGAAGCUCUUUUGCCUGUCAUGUGAUCAGCUGACUUGUCGUGACUGCCAGCUGACGUACCACAGGAAUCACCGGUUCCAGUUUGUCAGUGAGGUCAUGGCUGAUUUAAAGCAAGAUGUCCGCAAACUGAUGGAGAAGGUUCGGUGUCAGAAGAGUCAUGUUCAGAAAAGCCUACUAGACCUGGAUGGAAGGCUUUCAGACCUCACACUCGUGCAGUACAAGGUGAAGAUGGAUCUUCGGGACACCAUCCUCUCUCUCCGCAAUGUGCUGGUGGCACGGGCGAUACAGCUGGUCGAGGAAAUGAAGGGGUACUGUGGACGUGAGAUGGACAGCAUUUUUAAGAGGCAGGAGGUACUGAGAAAGCUGAAGGAACAUCAGGAGCACGUCUUGGCCUUCGCAGAGCGGGCCCUGUAUAUGGACGACCAUUAUACCUUGCUUACCUGCAAGAAAGAGAUCCAGCAGCAGCUGCAGAUCCUUUUAUCCUGCUCCACCCAGCCAACCACUUCCAUGAUAGACAUGGAACUUCAGUUUGAAGAGGAACUCCACAAAAUCAUUACUAAUUAUGGUCGAAUUUUGGUGAAGAACGUACCAUUUAAAUCUUCAGAUCAUCCCUUUCCAAGCAAGAAUCCUGAACCUGCAUUUGAACCUCGCCCCGCGCCCGAACCUCGCCCCGCUCCCGAACCUCGCCCCGUUCCCGAAACUCGCCCCGCUCCCGAACCUCGCCCCGCAGAGCCCUGA